UUCAAGCUGUGUGCAUGUGUGUGUGUGUCUUUGGCUUUUUCUUGGUGUCUAGUCUUGCUUCUAAAGUUCUUUCAGUAUGAGUUGCAGCUCCAAACACACCACCACGACGGUGUACAGCAAAGGGAGAAGCAGCAGUGGUAGCUGUGUCAGUGGUGGUAAUGUAAUAAGGGCUCCUUCUGGGAGAUGUGCCUCCCCUGUUGUGAGCAGUGCUAGAUGCGGUAUGUCUGCAAGGAGCUAUUGUGGUGGCAUGAGCUAUGGAGGAAGCUGCAUUGGCAGUGGGUUUACUGGAGGUGCUCUAGGUGGUGGUUAUGUGUGUGCUCCUGGUGGUGGGUUUGGCUGUGGGAAUGUCCGCUUUGGACAUCUUGGUGGAGGAUUUGGCAAUUGCAAUGAAACGCCCUUGCUCUCCUGUGAUGAGAAGAUGACCAUGCAGAACCUCAAUGACCGCCUGGCUUCUUACCUGGACAAAGUGCGAUGCUUGGAGGAGGAAAAUGCUCAACUUGAGUGCAAAAUUAGGGAGUGGUAUGAUCGGCAAGGCCCACUCAAUGAUCCAAAAGAUUAUGGCUGCUACUACCAACAAAUUGAAGACCUUAAAAACCAGAUUAUUUGUGCUACUGUUGAAAACAGCAAGCUUGUCCUGGAUAUUGAUAAUAACCGGAUGACUGCAGAUGACUUCAGAAUGAAGUAUGAGACUGAACUGGCUCUUUGUCAGAAUGUGGAAGCUGACAUCAAUGGCUUACGUCAAGUCCUGGAUCAACUGACCCUUUGUAGAUCUGACCUGGAAGCACAACUUGAGUCCCUCCGGGAGGAACUGUGUUGCCUUAAGAAGAACCAUGAAGAGGAAGUCAAGCAUCUUAAGAGCCAGGCUACUGGAGAUGUUAGUGUGGAAGUCAAUACUUGCCCAGGACCAGACCUCAAGAAGGUCCUGGAAGAUCUGAGAUGUCAGUAUGAAACCAUGAUUGAGAACAACCGUAGAGAGGUUGAGAAGUGGUAUGAAUGUAAGAUGGAGGAAGUGAAUCAGGAGGUCUGUAACAGCAGCAAAGAAGUUGAAGACUGUAAUAAUCAAGUUGUUGACCUGAAACGUCAGCUACAAACUUUGGAAAUUGAUCUACAGGCUCAACUUAGUUUGAGGGAUACACUGCAAGGCUCUUUGGCUGAGACGGAAUGUCGCUAUAACAACCACUUGGCUGAAAUACAGAACCAAAUCUCUUGUGUGGAGCAGCAACUGGCCGAGUUGAGGGGAGAGAUGGAGUGCCAGAACCGAGAAUACAGAGAUCUCUUGGAUGUCAAGUGCCGCCUGGAACAGGAGAUUCAGACGUACCGGUGCCUGUUAGAAGGAGGACAGCAUGAUAUUGUUAGCCACAGCAGUGGAAGUUCAGGAGGAGGAACUUGCAGACAAACAGGAGGAGGUGCAGUUAAGACCUGCCAUACUUACUCAACCUCUCCUUCCAAAUGUCAUCCUUGUCAUUCUGAUACAAAAGGGUACAGCAGAUAGAAAACUGCAUCUGCCACAAACAUAGCCAUCGCAACUCUGUUCUCUGAACUUUCUGACUUGAAAUCUAUAAGCAAGAGGAGUCUUCAUUACCUGCUGAACACUCAUGAUACCAACUAUUUCUCACUGGGUUACCCCCAGGCUCACCAUUUUGUUCUCUUUUCCUGCAAAGUGUAUGGUCUUGCCCUUGCUACUUGUGUUACUAAACUGGUACCAUGGGGUAGAUUUGGGGCACUCUGCUAUACCUUUAAUAAAACUAUGCUUUUGCCUGAUGCAAACAAAA